AUGACCGGGCACGAGAACGUAAGAGACGACUGCGUCCGGCCAAGUGGCACCACCUGUUCCAAUUUUGUGGUGGACUACAACUACACCUUCAUCUUGUGGAAUCCACAACAUCACGCUGUUCUUCAGAAAUUCCCGACGUAAGUUUCGGCUAUUUUUUGUUUUUGAUCUGAUGUCAUGAAUAAUAUCGCGAUUUUUUCAGCUGCUCGCGGGUCCUGGAGCCCUUUGAUUUGUGGAACCUGGUAUCGCUUUUGUACGGCGAUGCGAACGUUCAAUCUUCGUAAAGGACCUCCGAAGGUAAGUUUUGAUUUUUAUAUUAUUCAUGGUUUAGAUGGAAACUUCCAAAUCCAACGUGAAAACCUAGAAAUUUGAUGCAAUUCUGUUGUUUUCAGAUGUCCCAAUACUUCAAGGCAUAUUCGAUGGACUAUUGCUAUGGAGUCCGAAUAAGAUGCCAAAAAUUUAUCCAUCUUGUGUCUCGGCAGAAUCCACCAUGUCCCGGGCACAGUUCACAUACGGGACUAUUUUAAAUUUAUGGUUAUUUUCACUUGCAUCAAAUGCAACUGAAAUAUUGGAUUCAAAUGAGGAUAUUGGAGGGUUCAUACAAGACCCAAAGGUAAGUCUUUCAAAUAUGAUUUCUUAUGCUUUUAGGUUCGUGAGACCGUAAGCUGGGCCCACAAAUGCGUGGACAAAAGUUUCAUCUGCACCUACGACUGCAACGUAGUCACGAACGCAACAGGUGACCUGCGUCCGGCCAAAUGGCACCACCUGUUUCAACUUUAUGGUGGACUACAACUACACCUUGUGGAAGAGCCCCUUUCCACAUCAUCUGGCCGGGCUUCGGAAAUUCCCGACGUAAGUUUCGGCUAUUCUUUUUUUGUUUUGAUCUUUUCGUUUGGUCAUGAAUAACAUCGCGAUUUUUCAGCUGUUAGCAGGUCCUGGAGCCCUUAAUUUGUGGAAUCUGGUAUCGCUUUUGUGCGAUGACAACGUCCGCUCAUCCGUAAAGGACCUCCCAAGGUAAGAUUUGAAAUUUAUAUUGUUCAUGGUUUAGAUGGAAACUUCCGAAUCUAACGUCAAAAUCAAGAAAUUUGAUGCAGUUUUUUUUGUUUUCAGAUGUCCCAAUACUUCAAGGCAUACUCGAUGGACUAUUGCUACAAAGUCCGAUCAAAAUGCCAGAAGUUCGUCCAUCUUCUGCCACCUGAGCUCGACUGCGAUGAAUUUGCUCAUCCGCCUGACAAGAUCAGAUCCAUUCGUCGAUUGUCUCGACACUACUCGCCUUAAUGGACGGUUUGGUGGAUGAGAUGCAGCCAGAUCGCACUCUUUAUAACCCGAAAUGCGAGGUAUGGCCUCUUCUUUCUUCUAAAAAAUUUUUACAUUUUUUUAGAGGUUUCCAUAAGAUUUUUGUUGGAUUUUCCGAUGUAGCUGUUAGCUAGUAUAAUAAAAUAAAUUUUAGCGUAAACUGGCCUUCACCUUGGCCAAAUCUUCACCUCAAUGUUUUCAUCCAUUGAGUUUAUCAACUGGGACUAAUUGAGUCAACCCACUCGAAAAAAUCAAUCCUAUCUUCCCUGCAGGUAAAUUAUAUUAUUUUAGGUCAACUGAUGUUUUGAGCCAAAAUUUUGGCUAAUUUUGACAAAAUUUUUUAUGUUUAUGAUUUCAAACAGCUGGAUUGACCCCUGAACUAUUUUCAGGACCGACUAUUUCGGGCAUAUCAAUGCCUUCUACCAUUUCGUAGUCGUUUUUUGCACUACGAUCGCCUCGUGGUAAGUGGAGUUUUUGAUUUUAUUUCCUUGAAAUUUUAGGUAA